AUGUCACCCACAUUGCAAGACCAGUCUGCUGAAUGGAGUGAUUUAAGUCCAAACAACCUGGAUCAAUCACCGCUCACACGACCCGGUACCACCUCUAAACCUGAGGAUGCCGAUACAGACAACAAUAACAGAGACGGUUCCGGUGGUGACGGGACACGUACCACAAUGGUGUCCUCUUCAAACACUACGAUUGCUGUACUACCUGCUCCGCGUGCACAGCGUCGCCGUACGCGAUCGAGCGAGCAGACUGUUGUCCGAUCCAGCAGUUCUAUCCCUCGAGGUCGCCCGGUGUAUCGCUCUGAACGGUAUCAACGUCGUGGACACAGUGUGAGUGGACUGGAUCGACUCCCUGUGCCUUCCUCAACGGCACCAAUAGUUUUCGUUGCAGAAACUCUCGCUGUCGGCGCGGAAUCCACGUUGCCCUCAGCAACAAACACGACAACAGCAACGGUAGCAACGUCCACAUUUUCAGAUGCUGCUGCCGAAUCAGCGACCUCGCGGCCAUUCCAGGUGGAUGGAGAUUCGGGUCAAAUCUCUCCGUCUUCGAUUGCCCUGCUGGACGCUCGUAAAGCCAUUCCUUCGAAAUCGAAUUACGACAAAGCGCACAAAUCCAGUAAACCCCAGCUCAUCAAAAGUCUGGGAAAUAAACGCGAGAAGUAG